ACCACCAAUCCCCAUCAUGCCGCUGGCCUUUGCAAAGUAUGUGAUUCAACCGUUUCUUCCCCAACUGUGACCUGCCAGAUGAUGCUGUGCGGCUCAUUCCAGCACUGUCCAUAUCUGGAAUGUACGAGUCACCACCAAGCAGCAGGAUUUCUUCAUGGUGACCAAGAUUGCUGCAUUGCCCAUUGUCAUCCUUGCUGGCAUUGUACACCUUUGCAUGGGCAACACUGGGAACUUCCACAACUCCUUCCAGGGCACCAGCACUGAGCCAGGCAAGAUAGCUGUCUCCUUCUACUCAGGCAUAUCUUCCUAUACUGGAUGGAACUACCUCAACUUCAUGAUGGAGGAACUGAAGAACCCAUUUGUCUGAGUACUGUCUCUCCCUCACUUGGCACCACACUGCCACUCACUUCUACUCCACUUCUACUCACUUGGCACCACACUGCCACUCACUUCUACUCACUUCUACUCACUUGGCACCACACUGCCACUCACUUCUACUCACUUCUCACACUGCCACUCACUUCUACUCACACUGCCACUCACUUCUACUCACUUCUACUCACACUGCCACUCACUUCUACUCCACACUGCCACUCACUUCUACUCCACACUGCCACUCACUUCUACUCCACACUGCCACUCACUUCUACUCCACACUGCCACUCACUUCUACUCCACACUGCCACUCACUUCUACUCAGGCAUAUUUUCCUACGCUGGAUGGAACUACCUCAACUUCAUGAUGGAGGAGCUGAAGAACCCAUUUGUUAACCUGUCCCGGGCCAUCUACCAUCUCCCUGCCACUGGUGACGCUGGUCUACGCGAUGGCCAAUGUUGCCUGCCUGGCUGUGCUCUCCCCUGUCGACAUGCUGGCCUCUGAUGCCAUUGCUGUUACCUUUGCUGACCAUCUAAUGGGCCGUGGCAGUGGCGGCUGGGUGAUGCCCUUGCUGGUGGCCCUCUCAGUGCACAUCAUGACUUCCUCCAGGAGGGUUGGGAACGAGCCCCUCCAGUGGUGUGCUGUUAACUUCACGUCCUGGGUAUCCAUCCCCCUGAUGUGAGGGACGGAGGAAGCGAAGACGUUCCACGGUCUGGAGACUCGCCCCCAAAAGGUGGGCCGGUGUUGGCUGGAGCGGGAACGCGGCACUUCCACCGAGUCACCACCGGAUGACACCGUGGAGCUUGCUGAUGUGUGUGGCAGCACAGGACAUCCAGGAGAGGGCGGAAUACUCUAAAUAAGGCCGUAUCUGGCCCUUGUAGAGCAAGAGCCUCCCUCUCAUGUCCAGCAAAGGAAUGACUGAGAAGAAAGGAAGGAAGGAAGAGGAGGGAGGGAGGAAGGAAGGAAGGAAGGAAGGAAGGAAGGAAGGAAGGAAGGAAGGAAGGAAGGAAGAGAAGAGGACAAGAAGGAAGAGAAAAGGAGGACACUCUCUCUCUCUCUCUCUCUCUCUCUCUCUCUCUCUCUCUCUCUCUCUCUCUCUCUCUCUCUCUCUCUCUCUCUCCCCACAGACCCACAGGAUGUCCCCCCACAGGAUGUUGACAAACCCCACAGUCACUCCCCUCAGCCCCUCUCUCUCUCUCUGUCUCUCACCUACCUUCAGGCCCAGAAUAGGAACCCUGUCAGUGCCCGUCAGGAACUUCAAAAACCACUUCUUCUGCUCCAGGGAGAGUUUGUGAAAUACUUCCCAGAACGUGCGUAUGACCGGGUGGUCUGGGAAACAUUCGCCCUGGAAACACCGACAGAAAUCAAUAAACGGAAGGAUAUUAGUGUGAA